CGACCUGCAGGGGGCGCCAGCGGCCUUUAGCGUUGAAAUGCGAGGCUCUUUAAAUCCCGCGGAAGAGUUUUUUUUCCCCCCAAUAUGGCGGAGACCCACAGCUUGCAGGAUCUGCGUCAGCAAGCAUCCAUCGCUGCCAAAGUGUUUGUCCAGAGGGACUACACCACAGGGACCAUUUGCCAGUUUCAGACCAAGUUCCCUUCUGAGCUGGAAACAAGAAUUGACAAGCAGCAGUUUGAGGAGACAAUACGAACACUAAACAACCUAUAUGCAGAGGCGGAGAAGCUGGGUGGCAGGUCAUACCUAGAGGGCUGCCUGGCCUGUGUCACGGCCUACACCAUCUUUUUGUGCAUGGAGACGCACUACGAAAAGGUUUUGAAGAAGAUUGCCAAGUACAUCCAAGAACAGAAUGACAAGAUCUAUGCACCACGGGGCCUGCUUCUCACUGACCCUAUAGAGCGAGGCUUGAGGGUUGUUGAAAUCACCAUUUUUGAAGACCAGAGCAAUGGAAGGAUAGAAGGAAGGUGAUGGAAAGAAGAGGAAACUUGGGAUAAAGACAUUUUGUGUUCCCCCUGGGCUGCGCUGUAAGACUGCUGGUUGGAGCUUUGACCUCUGCCGCCUGAACUACAGCAUUUCUAAGUCCCUCUUUUUGGAUUGCGUCCUGAUAGUCUUUUUUUCCUCCUUUCGUCUUUGUCAUGUCUAUUUAUUGCUGCCCUGCAUCUGGAGGUGCUGUAGUUCUGUUCCACUGAAAGCACCAAACACAACUGCUGGUUAUUCAUUGGUUUAUUCACACAUUGUGCAUAUUUGUAUGUUUAGUUGUAAUCGGUACAUUUUCAUUUGUGUUGCCCUUAACUGUGCCAUAUUCAUCUUUCUUUAUUAGUAUUAGGGAAACUCAUAACAUUUUAAGGCUGGCUUUGUAUAUCUUUGCAGUAAAUAGGAAGAUGAGAUGCUGUUUUGUACCUGAGAAUUGUAUUUGGUUUUUGUCUUCUUUAAAUGUUACAUGACCUUGACCAGUUGUCAUCGUAAAAAAAAAAUUCUAGUAGAGUCCUAUGGUUUAAUAGCAACGGUGCACAUGAAUAGUGUAACUACUUAUGAUAGAUAAAUAACACAUUUGAUUAACAUUCUAGUGAGGAUUGGGUGGUAGGCCUGUCGGUGACUUUACAGUACAGAAGAGUAUGGUGCAGAAGGGUAAAGAGUCGGUGUGGUUCUCAGAGCGGUUGUGCCAUUUCAUUACGUGUUUACAAUACUGUCUGCUGUACUGGAGCUCUCAUCCUGUCAGAGUGUGGGUCUUAGACCAGUUCCUCAUUCCUACCAGAGAAACCGAAAAAUGCUCAGCUUUCUCUUUUGUUUUCGUAAGGAUCACGG